AUGUUCGACCGGAGCGAGCCCCAUUUAUUAGCAUAUUCAAUGCUCGUGCAGUGAGCUCCGGCAUCCAAGCCACGCCUAUAAUACUAACUAAGCCGCUAUCUCAGCCAAUCCGGAUCGGUUACAGAGCCAUAACCAUGUCCUGGACCAUCCCAUUAAUCGUCAGCCUGAUCAUGGGAUCCAUCAUAUCCUCUGCUAAUACGCACGAGCAUGCCGAUGGCUUCAAGCCGGAUGGCGAAAUCCUGCGCGUGCUGGUGAACAGCUCGGCCGAAAUCAAAUGCGAUGUGGGCUCCAGCCUGCCCGACGACAAAGUCCUGCUGGUCGUUUGGUACAAGAAUAAUUUACCCAUUUACAGCUACGACACACGUGGCGCCCAUGCUGGGACCCCGUCGCACUGGCGGGACGAGGAGGUCCUCGAGGAUCGGGCCAUCUUCCGGACGCACAAGGAGCCGGCGGAAUUGCUUAUAAAUCCGGUUAAGGAAAAGGAUGCGGGCAACUUUCGCUGUCGCGUGGACUUUAAGCUAUCGCAGACCCGCAACAGCAAUGUAAAUUUGGAAGUUGUUGUGCCCCCAAUGCAGCCGAAUAUCUUCAACGAACGACGACUGCGAAUCGAUUCCAGAGCGGGUCCCUAUGAAGAGGGUGGCAGCCUGGAAGUCACCUGCGUUGUCUAUGGCGGCUCUCCGCCACCAACUGUCACCUGGCUGAUGAAUGGGCAGCUGCAGAACAGCGUUGUCGAUUACACCUACGACGGGACCAUCAACAGCAAGCUGGUGGUUCGCAACCUGUCACGCAUCCACCAGCAUGCGGUCUACACCUGCCAGGCGAGCAACUUCCACAAGAAAUAUGUGGCCACCAACAUAACCAUUGAGCUAUACCUGCGUCCUCUCCUCGUGGAAAUCAGUUUCAACAACCAGCCAAUGUCGGCGGAUCGAAAAUAUGAGAUCGAGUGCCAGGCAAUCGGCUCGAGACCACCUGCAAAAAUCACCUGGUGGAUGGGGAACCUAGAACUGCAUGGACAUAGCCAAAAGGUAUCUGAGGAUGGAAAUGUAAGCACUUCCGUGCUUUCUAUAACCCCCACAAGGGAGGAUCAUGGCAAGGCUCUGUCCUGCCGCGCAACCAACGAACUUGUUCGCAAUGGCAUUCGAGAGACAGCCAUGAAGCUGAAUGUGUUUUUCAUCCCCACCUUGCAGCUGGACCUGGGCUCCAAUCUAAAUCCGGAGGAUAUCGAGGAAGGCGAUGAUGUCUAUUUCGAGUGCAAAGUGCAUGCAAAUCCGGCUGCUUAUAAAGUUGUAUGGAAGCAUAAUCACCAAAUCAUCCAGCACAACCAGCGAGCGGGCGUGAUUGUCAGCAGCGGAGACCUGGCACUCCAGGGCGUCACACGUCACCAGGCCGGGAACUACACCUGCACCGCCUCCAAUGUCGAGGGCGAUGGCGAUUCUAAUGUGGUCGAGCUGAAAGUGAUGUAUAAGCCCAUUUGCCGGCCCGAUCAAAAGAAAAUCUAUGGAGUGGCGCGGAACGAGGCGGCAGAAAUUGUGUGCGAAGUGGAUGCCUUUCCGCCGCCGGAGAACUUCAAAUGGUCCUUCAACAACACGGCGGAGACCUUCGACAUGCCGCAGAGCGGAUUUCGGCCUCAUUCCGCCCAAGGAUCAACCCUCACCUACACGCCCGUCAAGGAAAUGGACUUUGGCACCAUCAUGUGCUGGGCCGACAACAAUGUGGGUCAGCAGAAGGAUCCCUGUGUGUUUCAUUUGAUAGCCGCUGGCAAACCGGAAGCGCCCACCAAUUGUACGGUGGUCAAUCAAACGUCCGACUCGCUGGAGGUUUAUUGCAUCGAAGGCUUUGAUGGCGGGAUGCGACAAUGGUUCCUCAUGGAGAUCUACGAUCAGCACAGUGGCCAGCUCCAGGCGAACAUCAGUGCCAAGUUCGCGGCCUUGAGUGUGACGGGUCUGGAUGCUGGACGCCUGUUCCGCAUCUACGUUUAUGCCGUAAAUGGACGCGGACGCAGUGAUGCCAUAGCCCUGGACGGGUACACCCUUAAGGCGGCCGAAAAGCAGACUGUUGCUUUAACUUCCUACAAGGGCAGCGCCCAGAGUCCCGACAACUUCGAACUGACACCGAUCCUGUCCAUUGGCAUCUUCGUGGGCAUCCUGGUGGCCAUCGUUUGCAUCGGGAUCGGAACGAUUGCCGCAUUGAAGCUGCGCUCGCACAAGCAUCAGCAGCAACAGAAGUUUGCACAUCCGAAUGCGAAAUUCUCACGUCCGGGCAAUUUGCAAAUUAAGGAUAAAAUCUCAUUGCCAUUGAGUCACUCCGAGGAGAUGUACGACGAGAAGAAUCCCGAUGUGGUGCCCUACAAUGAGGUUGAUGGUGAAUAUAAACAAAAAUCAGCAACACAAACGCCAUCGGGACAUCUUUCGACGACCAGCGAGGUGGAAAUCAGCUGCAAGCCCGGCUCAACAUCCGGUGCCGGAAUCGCCCAGGCCAACUCGGCGGACAGUGGUACCUAUCAGAGCAGCAAGGACGAUGAGCUUCACUAUGCAGAGCUGUCGCUUAAUAAUGCCUCCGCUGGAUGCAGCACCUCGAAAAAAGGUCAGCCGGUGGGGGUGGGAGUGCCCCAGCAGCAGCAGCAGCAGCAGCAACACCCUCUGCAACAUCAGCAGCAGCAGGGCCAGCAGAUGCACCAGGGCCAGGCGGUGCAGCAUCCACACCCCAUGUUAGGCGGCACUCUGCCCCAUGGGUCCAGCAUGCGCAAGCUGCUGCCAAGCAUCCCGGCAACGGCGACUCUGCAGCGCCACAAGCCGAAUGCGGGCGGAAUGCAGCAUCCGCAUCAGCACGCUCCGCCGCCCACGUACGACUACGAUUACUUUGAGGAGCCGACGAUAUACGCGCAGAUCGAUGCGUACAAGACGAUGCAGGUGGACACAGGUGCUGCCGGAGCCGGAGCUGGGGCCUGCAUCUCCUCACCCGGCUCCCACGGCACUCCCUCGACAGUCUCGCCCGGGACUGUGCAGAUGUACACGAUGCCCCCGCAUUCCGGUGGCUACCACACUCUGCCGCACAACCAUCAUGCACAGCAGGCGGGCGCCGGUGGAGGUCCCCAGAACUCCGCCUCGAUGAUGCAGAUGCAGAUGAUGCAGCAGCAGCAACAGCAGCAGAUGCAUCACCAUCCAGCGCCAGUUCCAGGUCCCGCCGGCAACAUGCCCAUGCCGCCCACAUACCAGCAACACCAGCAAAUGGCCCACGGCCAGAUGUUGGUCUCGAGCAAUAGCAGCGGCCUGGCCUCCACCACGGCGGCCGUGGCCAGUCCCAGCAGCUCCCUCUCCGGCCUGUCCGGUGUGGGUAAGUCCUAUUCGCGUGAAAUAGUCACCGUUCGCACCCCGCUCAUGUACUCGCAGCAGGAGAGCUGUGUCUAAGGACCUCCGGGAGCAGAGCAGCGGGAGUCUGCAAUCUUGCAAUCUGAAUUCCCGAAAUCCAAGUAACCAUGUCCCCUCCCCCACUUAGUCAUGUAAGUCUUGAGCUCUUCGUGGUUGGUGUCUUAGGCUAAGUGUUGCCAAAACGAUUUGAAUUAAAUGACAGAAUUACAGAAUUCAAGUGAAUUGAAACGAAUCUCGUGUGUGCUCGCGAAGGAACUGAAUUUUCUGAAAUAAAAGUGCAGAAUCCAUAGUACUUAAUUCUUAUAAUUUUUUAAGGAGAGUUUUUUUAACCUAGUUCAUUCUUUUAUGAUUUCAAUGUUGAGCUUAUUUACUGUGUGUCAUGAACUUAUUUUAUCUAAUACUUAUUGCAUGUCUAUUCUUAGGAAUUUGAGUCUUUUAUUUUGUAUAUGAAUAUAAUGAUUACAAUUUCUGGAAAUUGCCAACUUCAAUUAGUC